CUGAAAUGCACAGGCAUCUCUAGAUUCUUUCACUUCCUUGCUAACCCUUCUUUAAAUCAGACCAGGAUCAACAGUACAGACACACAAGUGAAAAGUCAACCGUGUUCUCUUUGUGGUAAAGUGGAGCACACAGAGUCAGGAUGCGUCAGCUGUCCAUAUUGGCUGUAGGUGUAGUUGCACUGAUAUGUCUUCAAUGUGUUUCUAGCUUUAAGCUGGUUUGUUACUUCACUAACUGGUCCCAAUACCGAGAAUCUUCAGGGCGUUUUUUGUCUGGUGACACUGAUCCAAAUCUCUGUACCCACAUUAUUUAUGCUUUUGCCAACAUAAAAGACAAUCAGCUUGUCCAUACAGAAUGGAAUGAUGACACGACAUAUGCCGAUGUCAACAAUCUUAAAAGAAGCAAUCCAAACUUGAAGACUCUUCUCUCUGUUGGUGGAUAUUUAUUGGGUGCUGAACCCUUUAGUAAUUUAACUUCACCAAGGAGACGCUCGGACUUCAUAAUAUCAGCGAUGCAGUUUCUUCGGACUAAAAAUUUUGAUGGUUUAGAUCUUGCCUGGCACUCUCCAAAAUACAGUGAUAAAAGCCGCUUGGCUGACCUGGUUAAGGAUUUGUCCAUACAAUUUAAGCAUGAAGCUCAAGACCAAAGGAAGGCAAAACUUAUCCUGAGUGUUGCAGUACCAGCUGGAAAGGAAAAGAUUGACACAGGCUAUGAUAUCACGACAAUCUCAGAGUACGCAGAUUUCCUUAACUUCUUGACCUUUGAUUUUCAUGGUUCUUGGGAGAGUCAUACCGGACAUCUUAGUCCUCUUCAGAAGGGCAAAACUGACACUGGAUCUGCAUCUUAUUAUAAUGUUGACUAUGCUGUGAAAUAUUUAAUGGGGAAGGGUGCCUCAGCUGAGAAGAUCAUCAUGGGACUCCCCACUUAUGGACGGACUUUCACACUUUCUUCCUCACUGACUACAGUCGGGGCCCCAACUUCUGGUGGUGGAACAUCUGGGGAGUACACAAAAGAACCAGGGAUGCGGGCCUAUUAUGAAAUCUGUCAUUUUAAUGUUGGUGCCACAAAGGAAUGGAUCGAGGAACAGGCAGUCCCCUACUCCUAUAAAGGGAACCAGUGGGUGGGAUAUGAAGAUGUGACCAGCAUUCAGAAGAAGGUUCAGUACAUGAAAAACAACCGUUUGGGAGGUGUCAUGAUUUGGACACUUGACCUAGAUGAUUUUUCAGGUUCUUUUUGCAAUCAGGGAAAAUAUCCACUAGUUGGAGCUGCGAAAACAGAGCUGGAAAAGCAACCAUUUUUUUCAAAAGGGCAAAAAUAGAGCUGGAAAAGCAACCAUCUUUUUUCAAAAGGGCGUUGAAGGCAUGAUGACUCAUUUACUUUUUUCCUCUGGGUGAAUACAUGACCAGCGUACAAGGGGUCGUGUAUUCACCCAGUUUGGGGAAGUUUGCUCAUUUCUUAAUGAGUGUGUGCUACAAAACUGCCACAAGAUAGAGAACUGGAGCUGGUUUUGUAUUGUUACAUAGUUGUAGUUGCUACACCCCUAGUUAGUUACUCACUCAUUCUGUUGCUCUCAAAUGAAGAGAUGGAUUCUACCUAUCUCUUUAUUCCUCACUGCAAUGUCUUGUCACUAUUUUCUAGUUCUUUGUUUAUGGAAAUAAAUGUUCUCACUUGUGUUAAAAAUUAACUCAUAAUGAUAGGGAUGCUGUAUUCACUGGUUUCAAAUAUGAUGUAAUGCUUUCAAUAAAACAUGAAGGGAAA